GGAGGCUCAGCAGAAGAAGCCAGAGUCUGGUAUCUCCAAAUUCACCCAGCGCCUCUCUCUCAAGGAUCGGCAGGCCAAGCCUGAGAAGACAGCAGUAGACAGACCUCCAUCCUAUAGGAGGCGCUCUCUCAGCCUGGACUGGGCAGAGUCUCCCAAGAUGACCCAGCAAAUGCGUGAGCACCCUCCGGCACCGACCAGGAAGUCGGCCAGCCUCUCCUCGCCCAGUGCCGCCCGGCGCCUCUACCGCAACCUUUCUGGCAAGUUCCGCGUGGGAAACCCUGGCCUGGAGGACAGCGUCGUGUCGGGACGCGGGGACAAGGAGCGUCUCCGCAAGUCCACCAUGUUCCAGAGCAACGAGGCCCUGUUUGAGGCAGUGGAGCACCAGGAGAUGGACCUGGUGCAGCUGCUGCUGUCCCAGUACAGCCUGGAGGAACUGGACCUCAACACACCCAACAGCGAGGGGCUGCUGCCUCUGGACAUCGCCAUCAUGACCAACAACGUGCCCAUGGCCAAGCUUCUGCUGCAGGCCGGGGCCAAGGAGAGCCCGCACUUUGUGAGUCUGGAGGGCCGGGCAGUGCACCUGGCCACGCUGGUGCGGGAGGCGGAGCAGCGUGUGACGGAGCUGAUGGCGCAGGUGGCCAGCGAGGGGCCGGGCGAGCACGAGGCGUCCGACAGAGAGAGGCAGCUCAAGGCGUGGGAGUGGCGCCUUCGGCUCUUCAAGCGCAUGAAGACGGGGUUCGAGCACGCGCGACCCCCUGAUGCUCCAAGCAACGUCAGACUGUCUGUCAGCAGCAACUCCAGCCUGAGGGUCAACUUCCAAGAGCCCCUUAGUGUCAACUCUGCUGUAGUCACUAAGUACAAGGUGGGAUGGAGCUGUUCCCCCUCGCUGUGUCCCCUGCUGGGAGAGUUGGUGGUCGAGGACACCAGGACCCUGCAGUGCACCAUCACUGGACUCACAUCAGGGAAUCCUUACUAUGUGCAGGUAUCUGCUUACAACAUGAAGGGAUGGGGACCCCCGCAGACGUCCGUCCCAGCGUGUGCAGUCCCCUCCAGUUGGAGGGAGAUCGACGGGCGCGCACCACGGCAGAGAGGCCAGAAGGAGGCACUGGACCAGCUGCUGGGCCAGAUAAAAGAUGCCCACCGGCACUGUGUGUGCCAUGAGCAGUGCAAAGCGCCGCCACAUGUGAGGAAGCAUUCUGUCUCCAAAAGCCUGAGGCACCUUUUCCAGCCUACCAGCAAGUUUGUAAAAAGCUUGAAGAGGGGCCUGUACCUGACCUCAAUAUUCUACAGAGACGACAACGUGCUGGUGACUCCCGAGGAUCAGAUCCCCAUCGUGGAGAUUGAGGACUCCUACUCUAGCUCCCUGAUGCAGGACUUCCUCUGGUUCACCAAGGUGUCCUACCUGUGGGAGGAGAUCCCCUGGCUGCAGCAGUGUCUCAGCCCCUCCCAGUCCUCCUGUUCCUGUACCCUGCAGACACGCCUCAAGAUGCUGCAGGCUAUAUCCCUGCUUCAGGGCAUGCUGGGAACACAGGACCUUGGGAGGGUAUACUUCGAGCCCAUCAAAGACAAGCACGGCAAUGUGCUGCUGGUGACUCUCCGGGACAUGAGCUCCAGCCCCAGCCUGGACGGGGUGCGCUGGACCCAGCUCUGCAAGCUACAGCUCCAGCGAAAAUCCAUCUCUUCCCCCGAGGAGCCCACAGCGCUGGACAUGCUCCUCAUCACACUGCACGAGAAGCUGGCCUACCACAGGCGCAGCAGGAAGUUGCUCUCUCCGGGCCUCUACCUGGGCUACCUGAAGCUCUGCAGCUCUGUGGACCAGAUCAGGGUGCUGGUCCCGCAGAAGCUGCCCAAUGUGCUCUGCCAUGUCAAGAUUCGAGACAACAGCAAUGUGUCCAGGGAGGAGUGGCAGUGGCUACAGGCUCUCAGCUGUCUGGAGGAGUCUCUGGAGAUGGACCAGGAUGUCCAGAGCGCUCCGCACUGUUUUCUGCAGGACCUGCGCAGUGCCUGCAAGGAGCUCAUAGCCCACAUCAAUAUCCCUGUCAGCCAGGCACAGGACUUUCGCAUUUACAGCCAGGAGGUGUUGGAGUUCGGCGAGAAGGUUUCGUUCCUGCUCCUGUUGCCGCCCUCGGACGAUGUGUGCACCGCCCCUGGGCAGAACAACCCCUACUCCCCACGCUCCGGCUUCCUCACCCUGCCCCUGCAGGUCUUUGAGUUGGGUGAGGACGCGACGUGAAACCCGUCUCCCUCCUUGUG